AUGUGCCAGGAGCUGCAGCCGCAUCAGCAGCCUGCGCGCGGUGCAGCCUCUCGGCUCGCAGUGGGAAGCGGCAGCAGCAGCUCCCUCUCUCUGCCUCUCUCCUGCUUUGCACUCUAUUUCAGUGGGUGCAUGGUGACCUUACAGAGUGUGCAUUACCUCACAGGUAAAUAUCAGCUGAUCCGCUGUGACAGCAGCAGCAGCAGGAGCAGGAGCAAGCAGCAGCCCACAGAGCCUUUCUGGAGAAUGAUUGAAGAUUGUGGGAAAAGAGGAAAUACCAUGGCAGAAAGAAGGCAGCUGUUUGCCGAAAUGCGGGCUCAAGAUCUGGAUCGCAUCCGUUUAUCCACCUACAGAACAGCAUGCAAGCUUAGAUUUGUACAGAAGAAAUGCAACUUACAUCUGGUGGACAUUUGGAACGUUAUAGAAGCAUUACGAGAAAAUGCAUUAAACAACUUGGACCCAAACAUAGAAUUGAAUGUGGCUCGUCUGGAAGCUGUGCUUUCAACUAUUUUUUACCAGCUCAACAAACGGAUGCCAACUACUCACCAGAUCAACGUAGAACAAUCCAUCAGCUUACUGCUCAACUUCCUGCUAGCAGCCUUCGAUCUGGAAGGACAUGGUAAAAUUUCAGUUUUUGCUGUCAAAAUGGCUUUGGCAACUCUUUGUGGAGGAAAGAUCAUGGACAAAUUAAGAUAUAUUUUCUCAAUGAUUUCAGACUCUGGUGGAGUGAUGGUUUAUGGAAGGUAUGAUAUGUUUCUGCGGGAGGUUCUCAAACUUCCCACUGCAGUUUUCGAAGGUCCUUCAUUUGGUUACACGGAGCAAUCGGCAAAAUCCUGUUUCUCUCAACAGAAAAAAGUCACAUUAAAUGCUUUCUUGGAUACUGUCAUGUCUGACCCCCCGCCACAGUGUCUGGUCUGGCUACCACUUCUGCAUCGAUUGGCAAAUGUUGAAAAUGUCUUCCACCCUGUUGAGUGUUCCUACUGCCACAGUGAGAGCAUGAUGGGAUUUCGCUAUCGGUGCCAGCAGUGUCACAAUUACCAGCUCUGUCAGGACUGCUUCUGGAGGGGACAUGCCAGUGGUUCCCACAGCAACCAGCACCAAAUGAAAGAAUACACAUCGUGGAAAUCACCUGCUAAGAAGCUAACUAAUGCACUUAGCAAGUCUUUAAGCUGUGCUUCCAGCCGUGAACCUUUGCACCCAAUGUUCCCUGACCAGCCUGAAAAACCUCUAAACCUGGCUCAUAUUGUAGAUACCUGGCCUCCCAGACCUGUAACCAGCAUGAAUGAUACGCUAUUCUCCCACUCUGUUCCCUCAGGAAAUACUUUCACAAACAGAAGGUUACUUGAGGGUAUAAAUGUAGCCAGUCCUGUAGCUGAUGAGCAUUCUCUUAUAAAGCUGUAUGUAAAUCAGCUUCACAACAAUUCACGCUCUCCUUACAAGAAUAAUGAAGUAGAGCAGAACAAAUUGCUGGCUAGGGCUGCUCCGGCUUUCUUGAAAGGCAAAGGGUUACAGUACAGCCUCGAUGUUGCAGACAGGCUGGCCGAUGAACAUGUACUCAUCGGGUUGUAUGUCAACAUGCUCCAGAGCAACCCCUCACGCACGCUUGACAGUGCAGGCCGGCUAGACGAAGAGCACAGACUGAUCGCCAGGUAUGCAGCGAGACUGGCAGCAGAGACUACUGCAUCACCAAACUCUCUCUCUCAGCAGCAGCAGCAGCAGGGUCAGCAGAGAGGUGCCUCAGAUAUCUCUUUCACCAUUGACGCAAAUAAGCAACAAAGACAGCUGAUUGCAGAACUUGAAAACAAGAACCGAGAAAUCUUACAGGAGAUCCAGAGGCUGCGGCUUGAACAUGAGCAGGCAUCUCAGCCCACACCAGAGAAGGCACAACAGAACCCCACUCUCCUUGCAGAGCUCCGACUCCUGAGACAGCGGAAGGAUGAGCUCGAACAGAGGAUGUCUGCUCUCCAGGAAAGUCGGAGAGAGCUGAUGGUACAGUUAGAAGGCCUCAUGAAACUACUGAAGGAGGAAGAACUGAAACAGGGAACUCAAGGAGCAGGCUCCCCUCGAUCUUCACCCAGUCACACUAUCAGCCGACCUAUUCCUAUGCCAAUCAGGUCUGCGUCUGCCUGCUCCACCCCAACCCAUACACCUCAGGACUCUCUGACGGGCGUGGGAGGAGACGUGCAAGAAGCUUUUGCGCAAAGCACAAGGCGAAAUUUAAGAAAUGACUUACUAGUGGCAGCAGAUUCAAUUACCAAUACCAUGUCUUCUCUGGUGAAAGAACUAAACUCAGAGAUGGGCAGCGAGACGGAGAGUAAUGUGGAUUCUGAGUUUGGACGGACUCAUUUUGAUGAUCUUGUUCCAUCGCCGACUUCUGAAAAGGCUUUCCUUGCACAAAUCCAUGCCCGGAAGCCAGGAUAUAUUCACAGUGCAGCUGCCACUGGCACCAUUCGCAGUGACAUGGUUACAGAAGAUGGAGACCCCUAUGUUAGAGCAGAUGAUGAGAACUAUGAAAAUGACUCUGUCCGCCAGCUGGAAAAUGAGCUCAAGAUGGAGGAAUAUCUGAAACAAAAGCUGCAGGAUGAAGCCUACCAGCAGGCAAGCUGCAGUCAGACAGACAACGAAAGCUAUGUAAGAACUGACGAUGAGGAGAGCUGCAUUCGAACUGAUGACGAAGAAAACCUGGCUGCAAACUUCACAGAAGAAUGGAACCAACAAGUGCAGCAUCUCUUGACAAAAAAAUCAAAUGACUAA